AUGGUGGUAAUAGUAAUAGUGACAGUGGCACAGGUGGUUGGUGAUUACAAGAAGGUGUCACAAGGUGAACCUUCCAAAUCAAGUGAUGGUGACUGCAAGAAGAUCUUACAAGGAAAACCAUACCAAUGUUGUGUUCUUCCCUCGAUGGAGUUAUUGUCGAAGAUUUCUUCUAAUCCACAUCAAUUAUCUGAUCACCGGGAUAGUUUGAAGACCAUCGAUAUAAUUGGUAAAGUUAUCUGUGGAAUUCUCUAUAAGUGGGUGAAUUAUGGAAAAGGUUGGAGGCCGAGGUGGUUAGUUCUUCAAGAUGGUGUUUUGUCUUAUUACAAGAUUCAUGGACCUGACAAAAUCUUUGUCAAUCAAGAAACCGAGAAUGGAUCGAAGAUCAUUGGAGAAGAAUCACUCCGUCAAAUUAGUCGCCCCAAGAAUGGCCAAUCCCAACUUCGCCGGAAGCCCUCGGGUGUAAUUCACCUCAAGGUUUCGUCGAUCCGCGAGAGCAAAUCGGAUGACAAGAGAUUCUCGAUCUUUUCUGGCACAAAAAAGUUGCAUUUGAGGGCUGCGACAAAGGAGGAUAGAACAGCAUGGAUGGAGGCAUUGCAGGCUGUGAAGAACAUGUUCCCAAGGAUGUCGAACAGCGAGUUAUUGGCUCCUAUAGACAAUGUAGUGGUCUCAACAGAGAAGUUGAGGCAGAGGCUGUUGGAGGCGGGCGUAAGCGAAGCGGCAAUUCAAGAUAGCGAGCAGAUCAUGAGGAGUGAAUUCUCGGCUCUUCAGAACCAGCUUGUGCUUCUCAAGCAGAAACAGUGUAUCCUCAUCGACACAUUGCGACAGUUAGAGGUACAUAUCAUGAUUCGUAAAAAACAACUUGCCAAUCGAAUUCAGAGUUCUUCUUCGGUUUCUUCUCCGAGUACUUUUCAUGACGUCCCCAUUACAAGGUUGUAGGCAAAGAGGUGUGUCAUUUUUUUGUUUUUUUUUUCUUCCACCGGAUCAACUUUUAGAGUUGUGAGGAUCUGUUAAAUUAUUUGUUCUGUUCAUUUUGUAUAGAGGUUCAGAUAUGGACCAGUCUUUGAACUUAAAUGUAUAUUUUGUAAUA